AUGGGUUUCUUUGGAAAGAGGGAAGCUCCCGGUGACGCUACGGGCCAUGUCGAUGCCAUCGUCGAGGCUCCGGGGCCUGAUCCAGAAAAGCAACAAGUCGCUCAUGAUGAGGACUUUCACACAGCGCUUCCCCAAAUUCCUCAGGCCACACCUACCAUUGAUCCCGCAGUUGAAGCUCGCUUGUUGAGGAAAUUGGACUUGAGAGUUCCAACGCUGCUAGGGUUUUUGUAUCUUCUUUCCCUCCUGGAUAGAAGCAACAUUGGAAAUGCCAAAAUCGCGGGAAUGGAAGAGGAUUUACACCUUACGGGAAAUCGCUAUACAUGGCUCCUGACAAUCUUCUACAUAUCCUACACUCUGUUCGAAUUCCUGGCUUUGAUGUGGAAAAUUAUGCCACCUCAUAGGUGGGCAGCGAUCACAGUGAUGACUUGGGGCAUUGUUGCGACCUGCCAGGCCGCAACACAGAAUUGGGGCGGUAUGAUGGCUCUGCGUUUCCUGCUCGGCAUGUCCGAAGCAGCAUUUGGUCCCGGGUCACCCUAUCUGCUUUCUUUCUUUUAUCGUCGUCAAGAGCUUGGCCUUCGCUGCGGUUUGUUCUUGUCAGCUGCGCCUCUAGCCAAUACAUUUGCAGGCGCUCUUGCAUAUGGUAUCACCUCGGGACAUGCAAAGAUCGCCAAUUGGCGCUUGCUUUUUCUGGUUGAAGGCAGCCCGUCGCUGGUGGCAGCCUUCUUGGCAUGGUUCUACUUGCCAGAUCAUCCCGCAUCAGCCCGUUUCUUGACCGAAGAAGAGAAAGAGGUGGCACGCGCCCGGUCGCUCCGACGCAGUGGUGAAAGUGAGCGGGUGACCGGCAUUAACUGGAAGGAACUGUGGCAGACCUUGCUGGAUGCGAAGGCAUGGCUUACUGCGUUGAUGUACUUUAGUUGCAAUGUGAGCUUCUCCUCGCUGCCUGUCUUUCUUCCAACGAUUUUGGAAGACAUGGGGUUCACCGCGAUCAAUGCUCAAGGCCUGACGGCGCCGCCUUAUUUCGCUUCAUUCCUCGUUACGAUCGCCACUACCUGGCUGGCCGAUCGGCUUCAGCAGCGAGGUUUGGUGAUUGCUUUGUCGUCGCUUGUUGGUGCCAUUGGAUAUGUGCUGCUUGCGACCUGCACCUCCGUUGGGGUGCGCUACUUUGGGGUGUUCCUGGCAGCAGUGGGGGUCUUUCCUUCGAUCGCCAAUAUUCUCCCCUGGGUUCUGAAUAACCAAGGCUCAGAUACUCGACGGGGAAUGGGUAUUGUUAUACUGAACGUCAUCGGCCAAUGCGGUCCUUUCCUGGGAACUAAUGUCUUCCCAGCGAGUGACGCACCUCGCUACAUUCGGGGGCAGUCAAUUUGUGCGGCCUUUAUGUUCUUCACCGUGAUCCUAGCUCUGGCUCUACGGACACUGCUUGUUUGGGAAAACCGCCGUCUGGACAAGAAGUAUGGCACUGCGGCCGAGAGGGCCGCCCAGGCGACCUCGAAGGGAGAUCUCACCCUAGGAGAGGAGAAUUAUGGAGCAGAUUACCGAUAUGUGCUGUAA